AGUCGAGGAGCUUGGAUUCUCUGCGCUUCUGAGAAGGACGCGACAGAAAAGACGAGUGCUUCCACAGGAGGUAGCGACCUCUCACCAUGCAGCACUACGGGGUGAACGGCUACUCUCUGCACGCCAUGAACUCCCUCAGCGCCAUGUACAACCUGCACCAGCAGGCCGCGCAACAGGCGCAGCACGCUCCCGACUACCGGCCGUCCGUGCACGCGCUUACACUGGCCGAGAGACUCGCUGACAUCAUCCUGGAGGCUCGCUACGGCUCCCAGCACCGCAAGCAGCGCCGCAGCCGCACGGCCUUCACCGCGCAGCAGCUGGAGGCACUGGAGAAGACUUUCCAGAAGACCCACUACCCGGAUGUGGUGAUGCGGGAGCGGCUGGCCAUGUGCACCAACCUGCCCGAGGCCCGAGUGCAGGUUUGGUUCAAGAACCGCAGAGCCAAGUUCCGCAAGAAGCAGCGCAGCCUCCAGAAGGAGCAGCUCCAAAAGCAGAAAGAGGCUUCAGGGGAAGGAGGGAGUGAAAAGGAGGACGCACCUCCCUCCACCACCACCCUUCCCGACACCCAGCUGCCUCCUCCAUCCUCCUCUUCAUCUUCUCUGGAGACAGACGGUCCCGUGGUCCGUCCUGUGCUGCUGGACAUGGAGCUGAACGUCACGUCUGCAGAACACUCAGGCAGCGAGUCUGCAACAGAGGAUAAUGCCACAGAUAGAGAGGACGAGAGUAAAUCUCAAAGGGAGGAGAUCAAACGUGAGAGAGCAGUGACACCUGGAGAUGUGUCCCCCUGCAAAAGGCUCAGCCCUAAACAAGAUUCCCCCCUGGUCUCUCCAUCCGUGACCCCCUCCUCUUCCAGCAUGGGCCUGGCCAGCAGCAGUCCUCUCCCUCAGAGCCACGCUUACUCUUCCUCCCCUCUCAGCCUGUUUCGUCUACAGGAGCAGUUCCGCCAGCACAUGGCCGCCACCAACAACAUGGUGCACUACCCUGCUUUCGACCUCGCCGCCCCAUCCUCGCUGCCCUACCUGGGAAUGAAUGUUAACAUGCCCCCUGCACCGCUGGGCUCCCUGCCCUGUCAGUCCUACUACCAGUCCCUAUCCCAUCAUGCCCAGCAGGUGUGGAACAGCCCGCUGCUUCAGGCGUCAGCAGCCAGCGGACUCACCAGCCACAACAGCAAGACCACAAGCAUUGAAAACCUGCGUAUGAGGGCCAAACAGCACGCCGCCUCGCUGGGACUGGACACAAUGUCUAACUGA